AAUUAAGUGAAAAGCCAACAGAAAGUUAUUGUAUCUACUUAACCAUUAUCUUAUUAUAAAGAUGGUUAUACACCUUUCUAAGAUAUUCAGAAGUGAAAGAAUGGCAUUAUGCCAUAUAUAUAUUCCGACUGAAGCUGGAUAUUCUAUUGUAUCUGCUCUAGGAGAGCAUGAAAUUGUGCAGUUUCGAGACUUGAAUGAGAAUAAACAUAAUAUUAGUGGUCCAAAAUACUUAAAUGAAGUGAAACUUUGUGAGAAAACAGAAGGUAUCCUUUAUUACCUUAAUAUGGAAGUUACUAGAAAUAAAAUAAAAGUGAAAAAGUAUUACGACGACCCUCCAGCUCCUAGUCAAAGGCAAAUAAUUGAUCUCAUGACACCUGGAACAGCGGAUUUUGAUUUGUUGAGGAAACUCUUUAAUGAAGUUAAGGAGGUUAGCUAUAACAUUGAACCUUUGAAGUAUACUCUACAACUUCAUUUGGAAUACCAAGCUAUCUUAAAAACGGCUUGCUCCUUAUUAUAUACAUCAAACGUAAUAACAAUCCAGAACACUGAAUCAGGACAGGAUUUAAAUCUUCAAAUUAUUGGGGGUGUAAUAGCAAAACAAAAAUGGAAUACUUUUGAGAGAACUAUGUGGCGAAUUUGCCAUGGGAAUUAUGUUUUGCAAGUUUCCGAUAUUCCUUCAAAUGACAAUGAUAAUUUGCGAAGAUUGUUUGUUGUACUAGUUCAUGGUGAAUUACUAAAAAACACUAUUCUAAAGCUUUCUGAAGGUUUUUCUGUUGUAUUAUAUGAUAUACCAGAAAGUAAACUAAAGUGUUCUGAGCUUUAUAUGAAAAAUAAGUCAUAUAUAGCAGAUUUAAAGAAGGUAAUAGCUACAACUAAGGAACAUUUCACACGUGUGUUACAAUUAGCUGCAUCGAAUUUGAAACGCUGGUUAAUUGAAGCCAAAAAAAUGAAGGCUAUCUAUCAUACAUUGAACAAAUUUGAAGUGGAUGCGAGUGAAUCCUUUCUUGUUGCAGAAUGCUGGAUUCCUUUGUCUAAUAUGGAAAUUCUAAAUGAGCUUUUGGUCAAUGAAAGUAAAAAUUUAGGAGGGGAAAUAAAGCCUAUAAUAUUUCGCUUACAUUACAAAGAACCUCCACCUACAUACUUUAGAUUAAAUAAAUUUACUAUUGGUUUUCAAAAUAUCAUUAAUGCGUAUGGCAUUGCAAACUACAAAGAACUGAAUCCAAUGCCAUAUACAGUAGUGACUUUUCCAUUUCUUUUCGCUGUUAUGUUUGGAGAUUUGGGUCAUGGAAUUUUAUUAACAUUGUUUGCUGUGUUUGCUAUCUCUUGGGAGAAGUAUUUCAUUUCAAAAAAUAUUGAAAAUGAGAUAUGGAACUUACUUUUUGGAGGAAGAUAUAUAAUAUUAUUAAUGGGUAUUGCUUCAAUUUAUACUGGUAUCAUUUAUAACGAGGUUUUUGCUCUCAGUCUUAAUAUUUUUGGAAGUAGUUGGAUUGUUAGUGAUGAUAUUGUAUCAUCGAGCAAAACUGAACCUUUUGUGGAAUUGGACCCAGGGAAUGGCUUCACAAAAAAACCAUAUCCAGUUGGAAUGGAUCCAGUUUGGAAGAUGGCCCAUAACCAAAUUGAUUUCUACAAUUCAUUUAAAAUGAAAAUAUCGGUGAUAUUUGGUGUUCUACAAAUGACCUUUGGUAUUUGGCUAUUUUUCUUAAAUUCUCUAUUUUUCAAGGAUUAUCUUUCAAUAUAUACUGAGUUUAUUCCUCAAGUGUUAUUCUUCACAUUUCUUUUUGGUUAUUUAGCUUUCUUAAUAAUAAUUAAGUGGUUCACAUAUGGUUCUGAGCAUGGUAGUGGUAGAAGUUCAGCUUGUGCUCCUUCGAUAAUCAUCUGUUUUAUAGAUAUGAUUUUAAUGACUUCAAGCAAUAAACUGCCUGAUGAAUGUGAUGAACACAUAUAUUCAUUUCAGAAUAUUUUUGAAAGGGCCGUGGUAAUUCUAGCAUUUAUUUGUGUACCAUGGAUGCUCAUAAUAAAGCCAAUUAUUCUCAUAAAGAGGAAAAAAAAGGAAGAAAAAGAGGAAGAGGAAUUGAAAAAGAAAAAUCUGGAUGAUAAUAAAGGCCACAAAGUUAGGUUUGAAGAUGAAAAAAGUAAGAAAGAGGAUCACAUAAUAGAUUGCCCACCUGCUGAUAAAAAAAAAUCUAAUGAAGUACUGGAAAAAGAGGAUGCUGGAAGUAUGGAGUGGAUACAUCACGAAGAAGAAGCUGGUGUAGGAGAAAUAUUAAUACAUCAAUGUAUUCACACUAUUGAAUUUGUAUUAGGCUCAAUCAGCUACACUGCUUCGUAUUUGAGACUAUGGGCUCUAUCGUUGGCCCACGCCCAACUUUCUGAUGUGCUGUGGGAAAUGAUUUUCAAACAAUUUGGAUUAGGAAUGGCAGCUAAAUUUGGUGUAUUUGGAUCUAUAAUCCUUCUUUUGACUUUUUAUUUCUGGGCAUUGAUUACGGUGUGUGUUUUAUGCAUAAUGGAAGGAUUAUCAGCAUUUUUACAUGCUUUAAGAUUACAUUGGAUGGAGUUUCAAAGUAAGUUUUACAAAGGUCAAGGAUAUCCUUUUGUUCCAUUCUCUUUCAAGGAGUUUAUGGAUGAAAUUAAAAAGGGAGAGGAAGUGGAUAACGUUGACUAGGUCUGGAUGGUAGUCCGACAUCAUGUUGAAGAAAACUUGAAAUUUUUAACAUUGUAACAGUUUUAAUGUUUUUAAUUUUGUAUUUAAAUAUAGUUUAUAAAAUAAAAUGAAUUUGGAUCACAGAUAUUAUACAAUAAAAUAUUUAGUAUUGAGUCACAUACUUGUUUUUUAUUCAAUAAAAAAGUAAAUUGUUGAUUGUAAUUAAACAAUUGUUUAUGAUGCAGACAUCUUAGUAUUUACAGAAUUAUAGGGUUAAUAGUUGUAAAAGAUAUACUGAUUCGAAUUGGAUCAAACUAUGUAAAAAUUACCACCAUCAAUAAAAAAUAAGCUAUAUCAACCAUAUGAAAAUUGUUAAGGACAAACAAAUAAUGAUAUAGAAAUAUAUAAAUAAAUAUAUUGAAGUCAAUUAAAAUAAAUAUAUACAUAGUUAAAAGAAUGAAAUUUAUGAUCUACUUCUGUGAUUUCUUUUCUUUUUUUUCUUAUGAGUUCUACUUCGACUCCUAGACCUACGCCUAGAACUAUGUUUACGAUGUUUUUUUGAUUUUGACUUUUUUCUGUCAUCAGAAGAGACAGAAUCAGAAGAUUCAGUAUCUACACUAACUUUAUCAUACUUAGUGCUUUUCUUAGACUUGUAUUUGUCACUUUUAUGUCUCGUCCUUCCAUCAGAAUCAGACUCUGAUGAGCUAUUUUUACCACGUAUAUUUUUAUAUUUAGAAAUAUCAUCGGCCUUUUUUCUUCCUCUGUUUCUAUAAGAAUCAAAGUUUUUGUGCUCUAAUUUAGAAUUUCUAUCAUCUUCUAAUCUGUUAUGUUUCUUAAAAUCCCCUUCUGGUGCUUUAUCUUUUCUUUCACUGGAAGCAGGCAACGGUUUUUUAUCAACAAAAUCGUUAUACUCUUUUAAAUUGAGUAUCUUGGAAUUUUUGUUAUACUCACUAGAUGUAACAAGGACAACAAGAUUUUCACUAAUAGAAAUAACAUCAUUUUGCAGAGCAAGUCUAACUAUGAUUCUACCAGGUAAAUCAUUAAAUCCUUCAACUUUACCAUACAAGCCCUUAUUAUGACCUGAUAUAACUUUUAUGAAAGCACCUUUUUUCAUAACCAAUUCUUCUUUAGAUUCAGCUUUUACAGUUUGAAUCACUUUAUCAGCUCCAAGGCCCAUUCCUUUAGGACGCAGUACUGGAUUGAUUGGUUCCACUAUUUUAGCAUUUUUGCCAAUACCUUUAUCUGGUUUCCAACCCAUGCCACGCAGAACAGCUAAUCCAAACUGAUUCACAGGCAUACUGUCAUAGUCCUCCAAUGUUGAUUCCUUUUCACUUACUUUCACAGCUUCUGUUUGGGGUAUUGUAAGAGUUUCCUGAAUUUCUUCAGUUUCAUUAACCUUUUUCAAGUCUUCCAUUAUUUCUUUGGCUGCUAAUUCAUCAAGAGUCAAUGGUUUUGUUUCUAUAUCAUCUUUGGAUUCAUCAGUUUUUACAUUAUCUGUUGUACCUGAUGUAGGUUCUUUUUUUUCCUUCCUCGCUUUCAAGGCUUCAAUCAUGUUGUCUCUAAGAAUGUUUCCAUUUCGCAAUGGAAUUAUUGGCAAUUCUUUUUCUUUUUCUUCACCAUUUAAAAGCUUUAUAGAAUUUUCUUCUAAACAUGAUAUAAAUUGAAUUGCUUUUUCUUCCUUCUUCGGCAAAAGUGCUACCUGUUUUUUUAUUUUUGUGAAACCGAAUGAUAUCUUUUUUGGCUCUUCUGCCAUCGUGUCUUUAAAAAAAAAUUAAAACUAAAAAACAUUAACUUGAAAACAAUAACUACGUUAGAACCUCUAUAACCGACAUAACCUGACUAUCA